CAUGAUUGCUUGACCAUAGUGAAGGCCUCCAAGCAUACCAUUGGACGUUGUUGAAAGCAUUUGGUGUGCUGUCUGAAGCACCCCAACAGACGUCAAACAAGCACCUUGAAGUAUUAUUGUACGGCAAGAAACCGGUGCAAGACGCCAAGAUGGCGACAUUUGUCGACUCGGUCGGUCUCGCUCCAGCGAGCACCCCACAGCAAUCGGGAGUCUCAUUCGGGCCUGGCGGGACCCCGUUCUUCACCUGUCUAUCCUGCGCGAUUGCCUUUCCGAAUCCAGAUGACCAGAGAGCACACUAUCGUACAGACUUGCAUAGGUACAACAUGAAGCGGCGUGUGGCGAGCUUGCCGCCCGUCAAGGCGGACGCUUUCAAUGCCAAGAUCCUCGAACGCAGACAGCAGCUUGCGAAGCACCAGAGUGGUGGCGCUGCUGAAGGGAACGAAAUUGAGGAGGAAGAAGCAGGCGGAAGGUGCAGCCCUUGCGGCAAAACCUUUUCAUCACGGAAUGCCUACAAAGACCACAUGGGAUCUCGCAAGCAUCGCGAGACUGUAGCCAAGGUGGAGGCUCUAAAGGGGUGCAAGGCAGCUCAGGGGCCACUACCGGCCGCAAGCAAAGACGACGGGGCUCCGACCGAGGAAGUGCCGCUCAAGUUUCGGGUACCGUACGCGGAGGCAGCGCCAUCGGAUUCCGCAGCGAGCGGACUUGCUGAAACCGGCUCGCUCAAGGAGGCUUUGCCGUCUGUUUCAUUUAGCUCCGCUCAACUUCCUUCGCAUUCCAAGUCGAAACGAUCGAAUCUGCCCACCACCCUUCCAGAUGAUGCGACAGAGGAGCAGAUGCAAGCAGCCAUCGACGCCAAGGUCGCCUCUGCAUCCCGCAUCAAUCCCAACACGACCUGUUUCUUUUGCAUCUCGCCUACUCAGCGCUUCUCUUCUUUGGAGGACACAUUGGCGCACAUGCGCAAGGCGCACUCAUUCUUCAUCCCAGAGCGCACCUACCUCACCGACUUGGCCGGCCUCAUGGAGUAUCUCGCGGACAAAGUAGCUGUAGGCAACAUCUGCCUCUACUGCAAUGGGCACGGCCGCGGCUUCGCUAGCAAAGAGGCGGUGCAGGGGCACAUGAUCGAUAAGGCGCAUUGCAAGAUCGCGUACGAGGAGGAAGAAGACAAGCUGGAGCUUGGCGAUUUCUACGAUUUCAGCAGCAGUUACCCCGAUGUAGACACAAGAGAGGAGCGGAGGGAGCGGAGGCGGCUCCGCAAGGAGGCAAUGAAGCGGGUCACUGCCGCUACCGAUUGGGAGGUCAUCAACGAUGAGGAUGAGAAUGGCGAUGCGGCGGUGCAGGAGGAUGGAGAGUGGGAGGAUGAAGAUGUAGAAUCGGGCGAUGACGACGAUGUCGACAAGAACACGGAAGGUGAUGAUUCGGACACAGACUCAGAUCUAUCCGAGGCCCCGCAAGCACGCUAUGGAGACAACGAGUACGAGCUCGUCCUCCCAUCAGGCACACGAUUGGGCCAUCGCGCAAUGCGGAGGUAUUACAACCAGUCGCUUCGCACGACACCCGCCUCUUCCGAGCGCUAUGCACCGGGUGGCAACAGCGGUGGCGCGCUCGCGCGCCGGCUCAUCGGCGACGGUCGGUCCGCCGAGGACCGUAGUGGCACGCUUGUCAAAGACCGAGGUGGACAGGUGGUCCGCGCUAGAAACCGCGGCGAGGCGAUGGAGGCGCAACGCUACUAUAAGGAGUUCCGGGACAUCCAGCGCAAGGAGCAGUUCAAGACGAAGAUCGGGUACAGAAACAACAAUCAGAAACACUUCCGCGAUCCUCUUUUGCAAUGAGCGCUUCCAUGCUACCCUCUCUGUAAUCUUCUAGUGUGUACUUGCGUCUUUCUAUGUGCGUUGAGUCGACGUCACUCCGUGAGAUAGCCUAGAUGCACAACGCGUACCGUGCAGUUCAGGGCACCUCAAGCCAUCAUCGUAUUAUAUGUAG